AUGGCCUACUUUCUACCUUGGUUCUUCCAGAAGCGUUUGCUGCGAUAUGCCCUCUCUCGUCUUGAGUUAGUCGACACAGAAGCCUUGGAUCUCGACAGCCUAGGCAUUCGCUGGGGGCAGCGAAGCACCGUUGAGCUCCGGGAUAUCGGCUUGCAGCUGGAGAAACUAGCCACACUUCUUCGCCUUCCAUCGUCAAGUGAACUUCUCAGCGCUCGGGUUCGAUAUUUAAAGCUCACUGUUCCGGCCGAUAUCUACAGCAGUGGCAUCAUCUGCGAGGCUAGCGGAAUCGAUGUGCAUUUGAGGCUCCCCUCGGAGGAAGCUUGCGUUGCAAAGGACAGCUUUCCCGCAGGCCAUGAACAAAAUCAUGAGUCUAUCAUUCCCGAUCCUACAGACCUCGCCGAAUCAUUCUUGCAGGCAGAGCCAAAAGAGGAAAAGGAGGAACUGCAAGCGGCGAUAACUACACAAUCUCAAGUCCUACACCGCACUUCAACAGCAAUAGGCGAUGAGGAGGAGGAACUGGGUCUUGGAAAUGAAUCUGUAUCCCUACCCAGCUUCGUUGCCGCGUUCUUAAAGGGGGUUGUGGACCGCUUUCAGAUUCAGGUUGAUGACAUCUCGAUACGAGUAGACGUGGAAACAAAACAGGAGGGGUCAUCUAAAAGACAGCCUGAGGAGAAGCCUGACUUGAUUACAGGUCUCUUGAGCGUUCGUCAAGUCACUGUAGGAGCAGUCUCCGCAGUUUCUAGCUCAGAUGAACUUCCUUUGCAUCGGGGGAAACGGCCAGUUUCUCUUUCCGAUAUCAAUCUCGCUCUCGUAUCCGAGCCAGUGGUAUUCUCGAACUACUCCCGAUUUACCGUUCCCGCAUCUCCGUCCACUGCCGUGGCUUCGAAACCCAGUCAGUCCCCUAGUCGAGCUUCGUCGCCUGCGCCCCCUCCUUCAUCUAUAUCCAGCUCCACUCAUGCUUUAAUGAGGUCGACUAUUUUCGAGCCUCCCCACGAUCUCGCGGGCCCAAUGAUUGGUGAACAUAGCGUUCCCAAACUUGAAGAAUCGGUUUAUACCUAUGAUGGUAGAUUUUCCGAUGCAGAUACAGAUGAUGAAACUAGGAGUUACAGGUACCUCGAGGAGUCGCAUAAUUCCUUAGAUGACGAGAGACUAUUUGAUAACCCGGCGUAUCUUGAUUCUGUGAUUGAUUCUCACCUUCAGGAUGACGACAUUGAAGGCCUAGAUGAUCUGGCUCUCGGUAACGCCAAUUCUCAUAAUACUUAUGAGUAUACACCCCGCCUACAAAGCUCCGAAGUAGGGUACACAGCAUCAACCUCCAACAAUCCAACGCAGGUCAAUAUUCCAGAAGCGGCGGCGUCGGAGCCUAAUAUAAGAAGAGGAAUGGGCCAUCUACUCGGAGAUAGGACGACUGGCCCCCAGUCAUCAAUGCCAACAUUAUCACUCCCCACGCAAGAUUUCCAUAAUAACGAUAUACAAGAAUCGAGACGCCUUCCUGCAUCACCCUCUGAGGCUAGCAACGCUAGCUCGGCCUCGAGUUAUUUCAACAAUGAUCUUUCAGAAUCGAAGCUGUUUUCAAAUGAAGAGGCGCAGAGCAUGUACAUGAGUGCCAUGAGUCAAGAUUCCACAUCGAGAAGUUUCAUGCCCAAUAUUCCGGGUGCCUGGGACUCAUCUGAGUCCACAGUAAUGAGAGAAGAGAACUACCAUAAUUCCUCUGGUAUUGUGUCAGCCGAGCAUGAUGACAUCGACCAGGCCGAACAUGAUGAAACAACCGUGUCAACGCCGAAACUCACUGCCCAAGACGCAACACACUCUUCACAACACACGAUCUUCGAUGAAACAUAUAAUUUCCAUCCCGAACCAGCUGAAAGACCCUCCACUCCACCUUCUCCAAGUUUGAACAGAAUUAGAGCUGUAGCCAAACGGUUUUUCAAAAUAGAGGAAAUACGCGUCUGGAUCCCUUCCUCUAAACAUGAAGGGGAACAUGCUGAGAGUCCAACAUCACCUCACUCGAAGAUUGCAAUUGAUAGCUCAGGGCCAUCACCAGAGCAGUUAGGAAAAUCCGAGGCUCUUGGCGAUGCGGUAUCUACCUCCAAGUUUCCGUCCUCUUUACGGUAUAAUAGUGAUCCAGCCGACCUCUCGUUUGCCGCGGAAAGUAGUGAUCCAAAACAUGCCCAUCAUACAUCGGAUGACAAGAAAGGUCUUGGGUCGAGUGGCAGCGAUAACGAAAUUGCAGUUGAGAUCUCGUCUGUAGAGAUUCAUUUCGAUAUAUCUAUCGGGUGGCUAGUAACUAAGUUCGGCCAGAGAAUCCUGCAAGCAUUCGGGGGCGAUGGAGCAGCCAACAUCAGCGAAAGUUCCUCGCAGAAGGAUGUUCAGAAGCCACAAUCUUUUAGUCUCGCACUAGGCACCUUUUCCAUCAAAUUUGUUGAGCAUGUCCCAGGAAAUGCGUAUCCUCUUGACGAACAUCGGCCGUAUUCUACCACCUUCCUCGAUUUCUUACACGAUGAUAUCAUUCUUCAGACUACGGCUUCUGGCUUAAAGGCUAAUUUUUUAGCCAGUAAGGACAUAACAAAAUUCUCCUUAGAGGUCUCGAAGUUUACCCUGGGCUUUGCUUCUGAGGACCUGAUUUCGUUCAGCGAGGACUUGAAAAUGAGAGAAUCGACUAGAGACAUCCUAUCACCAAUCCAUGGAGAUAUUUCUCUAUCAUUGAGCCAGACUUUGGAGUCAGCAAGGUUGAAUGUUACUACUCUUCCUUUGCAAAUAUGUCUUAAUAUUCAGCGAUUAGAAGAGGUUCUAGGCUGGUUUGGAGGCUUAAGUUCUAUUAUGGAACUUGGAAGCUCUAUUUCAUCUAUAUCUGGCACCAAGGGAUUAAAGAAGGAUGUGCUAAAACGCCCUCGUGGUGUUCAUUUCGAGGCCGCGUCUUCUCCUGUUCCUGCACCCGAAAGGACCUCGACGCCUUGGAAGGUAAACGCUCGAAUAGGUGGCAUUGCAUUAGAUGUCGCAGGAGAAAGUCAUUACCUCAAAUUGCGGACAACGGCUGCCAAGAUUGUGAGCAGGUUUGAAGGCAUCGCGCUCCAGAUCGAUAAAGCUAAGCUCAGCGGACCGUUGCCCCUGGAUGAUUCCAGGGAUGCACCAGCCAAGAUCAACCUCAAUAGUAUUCGAGUGGAAUACCUGUUUAUUCCGAAAGAACCUGAUCUCGAUCGACUCCUGGCGCUGAUUACACCAUCUAAGGAUAAAUACGACGAGGAUGACGAUAUCAUGCUAGAUACCCUCUUCCGACAGCGAAAACAAGGCUCUGUUCUUCGGGUAACCGUCACUGGGGCUAAUGCUUCUGUUUCUCGCACGUCUGAUCUAGAUUCUCUAUCACAACUCGGGGACGAGUUGAGCAGACUUUCCAACGUUGCUAAGUACUUGCCUGAAGAUGACAGGCCCGGUAUUUUGACCCUGGUAUUAAUCCGAGAGCUUGAAGCCCACCUGCAUGUUGGUGGUAAAGUGGGCAACAUUACUGCACAACUCCAAAAUGCUGAGGCGGCCCAUAUUAGUCUCCCCUCCCUCGUAGCUGCCCAGUUGGGGUCGAUCAGGGUUGUCAGAAACGACAUUGAGGAGCUAGUGGGAGAGGCUGUAUCUUCCACACUUGAACAGACACACAUUCCAGUUUUUAUGGCACGGUUUAUUGCUGACGAAAUGGACCCGACAUUCAAGGUCAAGCUACAUAACUUGAGGGUCGAAUAUACCCUCCCAUCUAUGACCGCGUUUCUUGGAAUAAGCGAAGAAAUGACAUCAGGGGACGUUGCUGCCAACAUGGCCACUUCCUUGGCCAAUCUUGCGGAGCUGCAUCCACCAUCCCAACAGUCUUCGAACAAGAAAGAUAGCCCUGCUAGCCCAGCAAAACCUACAAAAUUAGCCGUAGCCAUGCGAGGCUGUAUCAUCGGUCUCAACCCACGCGGCACGGCGGCAAAGGGCCUCGUCGUCUUGACUCACGCAAAUUUUUCGGGUACGAUUCAUGACCCUUCGUCCUCUGAGGCCAUUUUGGAUCUCCGGAAAGCCUCGAUCAUGAUCAUUGACGACGUGAAAAAUUCGGAGUGCGACAACACUCUACCUCCAGGACGAGCAGCUAUCCCUCGGCGUAGUCAAAUUCAAUGUCUGAUGGAUCUGGGCUAUGUCAGUGUCUCAACAAUAUCGUCAGCAACGGCUACCGUAAAGAUAAUGCGUCUGAGUGAUGAUGGAACAAAGUCGCUUGAUGUUGAACUUCGCGAUGAUUUGCUCAUUCUUGAAACCUGCGCCGACUCCACUCAAACACUCAUCAGCAUAAUUAACGGACUGCAACCCCCCACCCCACCUAGUGUGGCCGUCAAAUAUCGGACGGAAGUUAUCCCCAUCCAAGAUAUGCUUGCAUCUUUUACGGGUGAUGCAUUUACCACUGACUUAUCGGAAGAAGCUCCGGAAGUUAUCCCAAACACUACAGAAAUUCCAACAGAUGAUGAACUCGAGUACGUGAGCGACUUUUAUCCAGUGAGCGCAAGCCCCCAACACGAGUCUUCAAAUGAAGGAAAUGAGCUUUUAGAUAGCUUCCACUCGCAGUACUACGUGUCAUCCAGCGUCUCUGAGCUUGAGUUUCGGGACGACCACUUCGCACAGCAGUCCGCGGUUGGAGGUACCGCGCACAGAUGGGAUUCUGCUCAAAAUACGUACGGACUCUCAGAUGACUUGAAGCUCCAGAAAAGUCCCUUGAGAGUUCGAGUACGCGAUGCCCAUGUGAUUUGGAAUCUAUUCGAUGGAUAUGACUGGCAACGAACGAGGGAUACAAUAUCCAAGGCUGUAAAAGAUGUGGAGAAGAAGGCUACGGAACGUCGUGCCAGAGUUGGUAGUCGAGCAUCUCCAGGCUUCGAUGACGAGGGGUCCGUUAUUGGGGAUUGUCUAUUUAACUCCAUAUAUAUCGGUAUACCUGCCAACAAGGACCCUCGGGAAAUUCGCGGUGAUAUUAACCGUAACAUUGAUGACCUUGUCAGCGAGACGGGCAGUUAUGCAACUACUACCACAGUUACUGGCGCCACCGUACGACAAAGUCACUCGCCCAGUUUGAGAGGGAAGAAGCUGCGAUUAUCCCGGAGCAAAUAUCACAAAAUGACGUUCGAGCUCAAAGGCAUCUGUGCGGAUCUAGUGGUUUUCCCACCGGACUCGGGAGAAACACAAAGCUCAGUAGACGUCCGAGUCAAGGACCUGGAGAUAUUUGACCAUGUGCCUACUUCGACAUGGAAGAAGUUUGCCACGUAUAUGCAUGAAGCAGGUGAAAAAGAAAGCGGGACAAGUAUGGUCCAUCUGGAAAUUUUGACAGUAAGGCCUGUGCCUGAGUUGGCGGCAUCCGAGAUCGUUCUCAAGGCUACUAUUCUCCCGCUUCGGCUCCAUGUGGAUCAAGAUGCUCUUGAUUUCCUCACUCGCUUCUUUGAAUUCCGGGACGAUUCUACUCCCACUCCUGGAACUCCUGCGGAAAUACCGUUCCUACAGAGAGUAGAAAUCAGCGCAGUCCCCGUAAAGCUCGAUUUCAAGCCAAAGCGGGUGGAUUACGCGGGGCUGAGAUCGGGCCGCACCACCGAGUUCAUGAAUUUCUUCGUCCUGGACGAGGCGGAUAUGGUGAUGCGCCACGUCAUCCUAUACGGAGUGUCCGGGUUUGACAAGCUAGGACAGACGCUGAAUGACAUCUGGAUGCCGGAUAUUAAGAGGAACCAGCUUCCAGGUGUGUUGUCGGGUCUGGCCCCUAUCAGAUCACUCGUCAACGUCGGAGGCGGCGUGAAGGAUCUGGUGGUGGUUCCGAUGCGCGAAUACCGUAAGGAUGGACGAAUUGUGCGUAGCAUCCAAAAGGGGGCGCUUGCAUUUGCCAAAACCACGUCCAAUGAACUUGUGAAGUUGGGCGCGAAGCUUGCCAUUGGUACUCAGACGGUAUUGCAGGGCGCCGAGGAGAUUCUCACCACAUCCGGUGGGAAAUCGACCGGUAACGACGAGGAUCAAGGCGACGAAGAGACAGGCAACAAAAUCUCGCUCUAUGCCGAUCAACCGGUUGGAGUGGUGCAAGGCCUUCGCGGAGCAUUCAGAGGGUUAGAGCGCGACCUUCUGCUGGCUCGCGAUGCUAUCAUCGCGGUUCCUGGCGAGGUGGCCGAGAGUAGUAGCGCCAAAGAUGCUGCAAAAGCAGUUUUGCGACGGACACCGACAGUUAUUCUCCGCCCAGCAAUCGGUGUUUCCAAAGCCGUGGGACAGACGUUAUUGGGGGCUGGGAAUUCCUUGGAUCCGAGCAAUCGCCGCAAAAUGGAAGAUAAAUAUAAACGGCAUUAG